AUGGUCCGCGGAAGCGAGAGACAGGAAAUCCAAGACUUGGCCGAGAGAGCGAAAGACACGGAUUUGUCCGGAGACCAACGAAACAUUUCGUCUCAACUUUUUUCUGUGCGUCUCUGUCUGUGUGUCCCCUCCGCGGCUCUACCUCUCUCUCCCUCCGUCGCGGGCCAGCAACCUCUCCUAGAUCCGGACUCGACUCCGAUCGCAGACAACUUGACACAACAGCAGGCAGUCCGGUCUUCGAGCCCGCUGUUCAUCGGGCGCGUGUUUCAGAGGAGGGCGAGGGAGAGAGUGCCCACGGGAUACGGAAUGUAUGGUCUGAAAAUGGCCGUAUCGGCCGGCCGGCCGGCGGGCGAGUGGGCGGGCGGUUCGGUCGGUUCAGUCUUUUACGGCUAG